AUGAACAUCAAGUUACUUUUGAUCGCUUCUGUGUUUUUACUGGUUACUAUUACCAAAGCCGAUGAAGAAAUACCGUCGGAUAUUGAAGAGAUUACCGAGGAACUAAAGGACAAUCUACCAGAAGAAGGUGAAGAGCUUUCGGUAGAUAAUCGCGACGAACUAGAUAUACCAAAUGAAGAGGUAGAAAUAGCACUUAAAGGAAAGAAAUGGUGGGGUCGUCGCCGACGACGAUUUAGCUACUAUACUAAGAGUGAUCAAGAACCUGAACAGCAAAAGAAAUGGUGGGGUCGUCGCCGUCGACGAUUUAGUUACUAUGUAAAGAAUGGUCAAGGACCUGAACAGCAAAAGAAAUGGUGGGGUCGUCGCCGACGACGAUUUAACUAUUAUGGUAAGAAUGGCGAAAAUCCUGAGCAGCAAUAGGGUAACGCUCUCAGUGCUGAUAAUGGACCUUUUCUAUAAAUCCUGUACUGUAAUUCGGAGAAUUGGCUACUUGCUUGAUUUUUCCACUUUCUAUAUUAUUUCCUAUCUCUAUAAGUGACUUCAUUAACGCGUAUACUGUAAGCAUAUCUUGG